CUGAAAGCACUCUAUUCCCCGACAAUCAAACUCGUACAUAACACAAGUAAUGGUCAAGUUCAAGACUGGACAAAGUACAGCAUGUCGGUGACCAAUUCAAGAACAUAGGCGACUUUAGAGAUACCGCGAGGGAUAAGAGUGCCGUCGGGUAUAACUGGUUGUGGACAUACAUUCUUACUGGUACAUUUUUGCUAUGGUUCCUUCGCUCUGCAAAUAAGAUGAAUUAUUUAGUCAACUAACCUUCAGGACGUUGUCCAAUCCAAUGCAUUGGUUGAUAGUGUUCUGGGAACCAUCUGUUGACAGCACGGAACAUUGAAGAACCCCUACCCUGUGUGUUUUCCAACCUGCCUCGUCGUGAACGAGAGACCGAAAGGUGCAAAAGAGAAGGAUUUUGGUGCCACUCAUCUCAGUAAGAGGUUGGGUCAAAGCCAAUCAUGAACUGCUUUGGAUCUCCCCCAGGCGAGGACGUUCCCCCCCCACGUUCCAGACGCUCCGCAAAUAACAUGGCCGCCAACUCAGCGACACCCCCCUCUGACAGGCGCUUCCUCAUCUUCUUCGACUUUGACGAGACCAUUGUGAAUGAGAGCAGUGAUGAUGUGGUGGUGCAGGCGGCACCAGGGCAGAACCUCCCCGCCUGGCUGAAGGACACAUACCGGCCGGGCCACUACAACGAGUACAUGCAGCGCGUGCUGGCCUACAUGGCAGAGAAGGGCGUGACCGAGAGCGCCAUCCGCUCCGUCAUCGAGAAGAUCCCCGCCUCUCCCGGCAUGCUGGCCUUGUUCCAGUUCCUCCGCCACCGCCCCCCGCAGGACUUUGAGGUGGUUCUGGUGUCUGAUGCCAACACCUUCUUCAUCGAGUCCUGGCUCCGCCGCGUUGGGGCCCGCCAGCUCUUCGUCAAGAUCUUCACCAACCCUGCCACCUUCGACAAGGAUGGCCGGCUGGUGCUGCGCCCCUUCCACUCCCACAGCUGCCUGCGCUGCCCGGAGAACAUGUGCAAGCAGGUGAUCUUGAGGGACUAUGUGAUGCGGCGUACACAGGAGCGUGGGCGUCCGUUCCAGAGGGUAUUCUAUGUGGGCGAUGGGGCCAACGACUUCUGCCCGUCUCUGAUCCUGGGGCCCCGGGACACGGCGUUUGCCCGGCGGGACUACCCCAUGCACCGGCUGAUCACUGAGAUCCACGAGGCCAGGCCAGGGGAGUUCAAGGCUGUUACUGUGCCCUGGGCCAGUGGGGAUGAUGUGGUGGAGCGACUCAGGAGGCACGCAGAGGAGAAAUGAUUAAGCUAGGGGGUGGGUGGGGGGGGGCUGCUCACACACAUACACAAAUACUCACACACACACAGCAAAUCACAUUCCCAGAUCAAAUACCCUCAAAACCACAUACUGACACACAAUGAAAAUCCACUCUACGCUCAAGAAUAGAGCAUGCCAAUUGAACAGGCGUUUUGAUAUUGCCUGCGACAGUAUCACACUUCCGCUCAGUCCAUCUGUCUUACUCGGACUCAGCCACAGAGCUAGAGAUACUGUAGUCUUUCAGUCCACCUCUUCACACUCUAGGCUUGAAGCAAUCAGAAACACCAACCCAGGAAAGGCAUCAACUCUGUUAGUUAUUACAGGGACCUUAUGCCUUAGUUGAUAUCCUACCAGUCAGGGCAGUAUUGUCAGUCAAUCUUUUAGAGGGAUUGAUCCUCUUAUGCUGGAUUGAGAGGGAAGAGGAACAAACAUCAUUGACUGAAUAGGGGGUUCUGCAGUGAUACAUUUAGGACUGAUGUAUUACCUAUAUUCCUUUGUUGACUCUGAGCUCUAUUGGUUUAUUACAGUUUUCCUCAAUUGCUAACAAGCGUCGGUCAAUACUGAAGCUACUUUUUCAAAACUCUUCACACAGUCUGCAUUACCAACAUGCAUCGUGGCCAAACAGUUCAUCUCACCUCAAACCACUUCAUACACGUCUCAAAAUAAGCUCGUUCGACCAUAACUCUGGCAGCAGUUCUCACUCAAAACACACUGACCUAAAAAAACACUAACAGGGAGCAUUACAUAAAUGUACUUCUCUUUGAAUGAUUUUCCACAUGAAUCAGUAUUUCAUUAUAGAAUAACACCGUGACUUUAUUGACUGUACUAAAGUAUAUGUAACAAGAAUGAAUCAGAAAUGCAGCAAUUUGUGUCAAUAGCCUUUAUUUUUUUCUAUGUCUUUGCAUAUAGUCAUUUACUUGUGAAGAAUAAAGUUGAAACAAAAAACAAGUUCCUGAAAUUCCAGGGCUGCAAUAAUUUCAAAAAAUGUAUAGUAUAAUCACGUACAGUACUGUGACGGUUCUAGUUCUCCCUCUCUCCUGCAUUUGGCCACAAGUUCUCAACAUCACAUCUUACGUCUUCUCUGGCAAAGCAUCUUGGGAAGUAUCUUCUGGAAUGUCUAAUUCAACCCUGGCAGUCUUCAGGAGAAGAGUCUCCACACCCUGCAUUCAUGGUGUCCAGUAAGGACAUCUGGUCAUGUGUAUGGUGGUCAUAAACCUUCCACCUCCACGCAGAGGAAAACUCCUCUAUGGGGUUAAGGAAGGGGGAGUGUGGAGGCAGGAAUAGUACUGGCAUCCUGGGAUGUGCAGCAAACCAGUCUGUGACUGCAGCAGAGUGGUGGAAUGUUACAUUAACCCACACAACGACGGUAGGGGAGUUUCUGGCCCCUCUCUCCUCCGCUGGCACGAGUCGGUUAUGCAGAUUCAUCCAGAAAAUAAAUGAGCCUCUCUGUAUUGUAGGGGCCAAUGAGUGGUUUAUGUAACAGCAAACCAUCAUUGGACAGUGCUGCACACAUUGAUGUUAGCUCCUCUCUGGCCUGGGACUUCCACGGUUGCGGUCUGUCCAAUCACAUUUCUUCCCCCUGCGGCGUGUUUUUGUCAGAUUGAAUCCAGCUUCAUCCACAAAGAUGAAUGUAUGUGCAGUUUGCCUGGCUUCCAUCUCCAUGAAUCUCAAACACAGUAAAUCCACAGUUUUACAGUACUUUAUAUUAUGCAUAGCUGUGUAUGUACCCUGUUUGGUUAUUGAACAGACAUCUUACCUGGAUAUAUUGAUACCAGAGUUCUUUCACCGUUUCUCUCAAAGGGUACAACUGCUUCCUCCUUAUUUAACGUUUCUCUAGGACUCUUAUUUUAGGUUUCUCUAGGACUCUUAUUUUAGGUUUCUCUAGGACUCUUAUUUUAGGUUUCUCUAGGACUCUUAUUUUAGGUUUCUCUAGGACUCUGGCCAUUGUCGUUGUGCUGACCGUAUUCACAUUCCCAAAAGUAAUAUUGUCUGCCAGCACUCUGUCCCGAAUUUCCCACAGUUUUAUUGCAUUGUUGCCAAUCACAAUGUCAAUUUCCUGCGCAUCUGAUAAUAUUCUGCCUAUGCUGUGGGAGGCAACCAUUGGAUCCUACUGAAAAACACAAAACAAAUCAAUCCAUUAAAUGUCAGUACAUGUAAAAAUGUGAACAUAUUGUAUUGUAUUGUACUGUAAUAUAUAGUUAAAUUAUUAUUGAAGGAUGCACAUCUCACCUGUUGAACACUGCAGAUUUGGUUGCACCCUUAAACCGGCUUCUCUCAAAGAGAGACCAUGGUUUACAACAUGGUCAAUAAUUGUGGCCCUUAUCUAAUCAGAGACCACCACUCUUGGUCUUCCUCUCCUUUGUCCUCUACACUGUCUCCCUCUCCCUGCCACUCUUCUUUCCCCACCAACCUGUCUUCCUUGAUCCAUGUUUCCAAACUAAAUCAUUCCGAAGCCGUCCUCUUUUGUCUGUUUAGUAACGAGCCUAAAAACAGGACACUUGGGUAGGCUUUCAGCUGAAAUUGCAAUCAGCUGUGUUUGGAAUGAUUAAAUAUUCUGCUGAGAUUUUCUAUGUUUCAAUCUGGUUACUGCAGAAAUGCACGACAUUUGCCAUCAUUCUGUUUUGAAUGUGUUUUUAACAGUUUUGGAAACAGUGUGUUAGCAUUUGAAAACAUGCUGCAAAUAUAUAGUUUUGCAGGGGGUGGAGUACGAAUGGAUGCAUUUUGUGUGAAAGAUAAUUGAAAAAUGAUUCACAGUUUGGUCCACAUACACUUCCGUUUCGCUGACUGUGUGAAGAGUUUUGACAAUGUGACUUCAGUAUUGACCAAUGCAUGUUAGCAAUUGAAAAAACUGUAACAGUCUGACUGUAACAGUCAAACUGGGUCAGUAGGGCAGUAGAUCCGGUUAGUUAGUGUCCCGUUCUCUGACUAUAGCCCUCUCCAGUCCACCCAAUGGCAUUGUCGAUGCUAAAUGAAUGGGUGGCUAUUCCAGUGUAAUUCUUAAAUCUUAUAUUAUCAAUAAUAAAUUGUGUUGUUUACUUGUUAACAGUGCUCUUUGUGAAAUAGGGAAUUGAUGGCUGAUCAGGGAAAAUGUAAUGUGAUAACAUCGCCAUCUACUGGCAGACCUACAGAUUGCAAGUGGAGACCAGUUUUAAAGUUUUGGAAAAUAAGUUGAAAUGAAACAGAAAAUGUACUGUACCAUAUGACAUAGCUAUAUAACUAAAUAUUGUCGUUUUUAAAACAUGUAUGUAUUAUUUGUGCAUGUCUGUUUUUAAUAUGUAACACGUACUUGUACCUACAUGUUCCACCACCAGCAGGAAUAUAAAGCCAUGAACUAAA